AUGGGGAGAGACAACAUCCUAACCUUUGCUGUGCUGUUUGUCUUCCAUGAUUGGACUCUGGGUGUGGACUCGAAGAUGGUUCAUCUCCAUCAGCCUGGUCUCAAUUCCAGCAUAUCCUUGGACAUGGUCGUUGACUCUGUUGACGACAUGUAUGACGGCUGCACUAAACAAAUGUACAACAAGGUGGAGAAGGAAGGAUAUCUUGUACAUGAAAACAAAGAGCCCUUCAAAAAUGCCUGGAAGUGGGCAGAAAGUUGUGCAAAAAAUGUGACGGAACGAUUCCGAAAGGACAGUUCUGAAUACAAUAUUGAGGACAAACUUUCACAUAAUCAUAUCAAGGCUAUCUGUGCUUACACAACAGGUCAUCCUUCAAUACACUCAGAGUUCAACCAAGCAGUCCGGACCAGUAGAUAUAAGUAUACAACCUCCUUCCAGUUCCACUCCCUGCAUUUCCUGCUGACUGACGCCAUUCGCCUCCUGAAAAAACAACAACAACAUUGUAACACCACAUACAGAAGAACCAAAAUGAAGUUUGUGGGUAAAGUUAACACAACUAUUAGAUUUGGCUACUUUGCCUCCAGUUCUCUCAACAAGGACAAUUCUGAAUUUGGAGACAAGUCCUGCUUUGAGAUAGAGACGUGUUUUGGCGCUUACCUGAAGUCCUUCCCCAAAAUGGGGAAAAAAGAAGAGGAGGUGUUGAUUCCACCGUAUGAAGUGUUCAAAGUUACUGAAGUACUCAAGAAAGAAGAUGAUCCAACACUUUGGUGUGAUGUUGUGAACAAACUACAGAGCACCAGAAUACCCAAGAGUAACCUGAAUUGCAAAAUCUUUAAGAAGCCAAUUAUUAAUUAA